AUGCACGGAGAACAAGGUGACGCAGAUUUUACGGGUGCACAUUUUUGGCUAGAAAAUGAAUGGCCUUCAAUCAUCUCCGAAUUUUCACCCUCUGAUGUGUUUAAUGCUGAUGAGACUGGCCUGUACUUUAGAGCACUACCUGAGCAUACUUAUGUUCUUCAAAAUGACAAACAAAGGGAACAAAAUCUUGUAAAGAACGAAUAA